GCAGUCGCACGCGAACACGUGCGCGCACCGCCUUCGCGCUAUCGCUCCCUAGUCCGCUACACCACCCGCGCCCUACACACCCCAUUCGCUCAAUAUUUUGAGGACAUCAUACUUUAAUAUUCCCCACGACGGAUCGUUCUAUUAUUAAACUCAUUUUUACAUCUCAUCUUCGUUUCCGGCAUACGUUAUCACCGUCUUGGUGAAUUAAACGUUAUUAGGUCAAUAGUAAGUCUUUUACAUAGAUAGCUUACAUCAUCGAACCAUGAUUUCGGCGGGAAACCUAUUGCAAUACAAUAAGAAAUUGCUUCAUUAUUAUUUUGCUUUAAUAUCAUCUUAAUAAUUUAUGAAUAUGACAUUUAAUUAUUAUUGUGAAAGUGAUUUAAUGAUAAUCAGUAAUUUAAUAAAAUAUGCUUUAUAAGUGAACUCGGAAAAAAAUUGUGAAUGUGAAUGUGUUCAGUGUGAGUACGGAGAUAUGCUGACAUUUAAUACAAAAUUUAAUGGGAAACAGAUAUAAUUUACGGGACAUGAAAAUAGUAUUUACGGCCUACAAAAGUAAACAAACAUGUCUCGCCACGCUAUGAUUUAAGGAUUUUUAAAAAUGGGAUGUUACUGAUAGAAAUGGAGAAAUCAAUGCAGCCACGAACGUUAAAUAAAUAUUCUUGUUGGGUAUGUCUAGUGCCACCAUGGGGUUUCACCGAUCGAGAAGAAGAACAAUUAUAUACAGCAUACACUAAACGCCAGCGUCAACGUGCUAUUCCACGGCUACUUAUCACUGGUGUAUUGCUACAGGCGUUUGCAAUUGUAGUACCAGGAGAACGAGAUCUCUUUUUUGCGUACAGCUCAGUGGUGAUAUCGCUAUUUGCUAAUUUAACCCUGGCUACAGUAUAUUCCUGUUUCCGUUCUGCGCGUCCUGUAUUAAAUCAUGUCGCGUGGUUUGCUCUAUGGAUACAGCUCCUCAUAAGUGUUUCCCGUCGUCUUGGUGACUCAUAUAACGAGCUGCUGGGUUGGGCCAUCGUUCUACAAUACUUCACAUUAGCAACUCUGCCAUUCCAUUGCAUAAUAUUGAUAUUAUACAGCGUUAUUUCUUUCACCGCUUAUCUCCUCGUACAAUAUUAUAAUGCUUCAACUUCAGAAAGUCGACUGGCAGAAGAUUUUUGUUAUCAGCAAAUUGCAAAUGGUUCACUUCUGUUGGGAGCAACGCUAUUAGGAGGAACUGCAUAUGCAGUAGGUGAGCGACAACAACGUUGUGCUUUUCAAGAAACCAAACGAAGUUUACGGGACAAGCUUACCAUUGAACAGCAAAGCAAAGAACAGGAGCGUUUGCUUCUAUCAGUGCUUCCUGAGCACGUAGCAAUACAAAUGAGACAAGAUCUUGGCCUUAUCGAUACGCAGUUCAAAAAAAUUUACAUGUCGAGGCACGAAAACGUUAGCAUCCUGUAUGCGGACAUCGUAGGCUUCACGGCUAUUUCUUCUACUUAUUCAGCACAAGAUCUUGUUGCAAUUCUUAACGAGUUGUUUGCACGAUUUGAUCGACUUGCCGAGAAAUAUCAACAGCUGCGUAUCAAAAUCUUGGGUGAUUGUUACUAUUGUAUCAGUGGUGCACCAGUAGAGCGACCUGAUCAUGCAGUUCUGUGUGUCCACAUGGGUUUAUCUAUGGUUAAAGCAAUUAAAUACGUGCAACAAACUACCAAUUCGCCCGUAGACAUGCGAGUUGGUAUACACACAGGAGCAGUUUUGGCGGGAGUAUUGGGGCAAAGACAGUGGCAGUUUGACGUAUACUCGCGUGAUGUAGAACUUGCCAAUAAAAUGGAGAGCAGCGGGAUGGCUGGUCGUGUUCACAUAUCAGAAGUAACGCUGAGUUUCCUUAACGACGACUUUGAAGUUGAGCCAGCGCAUGGCGAGCGCCGCGAAGAGAUGUUGAGGCAGGCUGGCAUCAAAACAUUUUUCAUCGUUCGUGUAUUGAAACCUUACCAGGGAGGCGAAGAAAAAAGUGCCCCUGAGGGCGAGGCGGUAGAGGGUGGCGAUGCGAACGACGCGCUCUCCGACCUCAAAGACGACGAUGAGGACUCGGUUCUAUCACCGCAAGACGAGAGCAAGGACAAUGAAGAAUUGAAAAUACUCAAUAUGUUACGAGAAGAGCUCGUGAAUAGAGAUGAUAAUAAGGAAUUGGCGGACGCGACUACUCUCUGCCUGACGUUCAAGGCGGUGGGCGCAGAAGCGACGUAUGCGCGACGAAGCGACCCCUGCCCACUGGCAGUGGCAGCACCACCAUUAAUGCUGCUUCCAGCGGUGGUAGCGCUAGCGAGCUUCGCUGUGCCGCCCACCUUAUCUUUGCAUGCCGUUUACCUCGCCCUGAUACUAGAGACCGGCCUAAUUAAUGUUAUAUACUAUGCCUGCUUCAGAUAUGCACAGUUUAAGAAAAAGUCCAUUAGUCCUUAUUGGAAAUUAACAUGUGGCACAUUCAACAUAGCAAUGUUUGUUGCAGCUAACGUCGCUCCUUUAAUUAUCUGUGGUAAUUUUGAAGCGAUGUUGAUGGAGGAUGGCCUGAGAGAGGAUGCGCCAGCUCACAGUGGGGCGCGUCGCUGCAUUCAUCCUUCAUACUACUAUCACGUGGGCGCGGGAGCACUAUGCGGUGCGCUGUGGGUUUCGCCCCUGGGCGGAUGCGCGCGUGCCGCGCUGCUGGCCGCGCUGGCCGCCGCGCACGCGCUGCCCGCCGCGCUGCAGCCCGCGCUGCUCGCACCGCGGCCCUCGCUCGACCGCGACCCCUACCGCGCGCCCUACAAUCACACCGCCGACUACGACCCGCAUCUCCUACACGUGCUAGCCAAAAUCCACACUGGACGCAACAUUAUAAUGCUGUUCUUCGUGAUGAUAGCGCUACUGAUUUUCAAUAGAUAUAGCGAGUCCCUGGAGCGUGCGCGGCACUCACGCGGCGAGCGCAUGCGCGCGCAAGCGGAGCAGGCGGCCGACCUGCGCCGGCGCAACCAGGCGCUCGUGCACAACGUGCUGCCGCCACACGUCGCCAGGCACUUCAUGGGCGCUCGCCACCACCACCGCGACCUCUACAGCCAAAGCUACGCGGAGGUUGGCGUGCUCUUUGCUUCUAUGCCCAACUUCUCGGAGUUUUAUUCGGAAGAAACAGUUAAUAACCAGGGCCUGGAAUGUUUGCGAUUUCUCAACGAGGUUAUAUCAGACUUCGAUUUGUUGCUCGAAGAUGCCAAAUUCAGUAAAGAUAUUAUAAAAAUUAAGACAAUUAGUUCCACAUACAUGGCUGCCUCAGGCUUAAAUCCAACCCGACAGAUGCAGCCUUCAGAUGGUGUGCUGGUUCGAUGGGCCCACCUCGCAUGCCUGGUGGAAUUCGCACUCGAAUUGCAGCGAGUGCUGGCUGCGAUAAACGAACAAUCCUUCAAUCACUUCGUGUUACGGAUGGGUGUCAACCACGGGCCGAUCACGGCGGGCGUUAUCGGCGCCCGCAAACCUCACUACGACAUUUGGGGCAAUACUGUAAACGUUGCCUCCCGUAUGGAGAGUACGGGAAAAGCAGGUUGUGUACAGGUGACAGAAGAAACGUGCCAUAUUUUAGAGAGUUUUGGAUACUACUUCGAACAGCGAGGUCUAGUAGCAGUCAAGGGCAAAGGCCAGCUAAUGACUUACUACCUACAGGGCAAGCGUGACGCACCCCCCACGCAAAUUGAAAAAUCUGCUAUGGAUGAGACUACAAAUGAAGGUGAAGCUCUUUUGGCAAAUGGUGAUGCGACGACGACUGCACAGUGUGCCUUGCCGCACCGCGCCGAUCAUGACGCCGACCGCCCUCUGCUCACCGCCUAAGUUCUUACUACAAAUACUGUAUUCUAUAUCUUCCCUAGUCUAGUCAGAGCAAUGUGUACCGAAUUGUCAUGUAAUCGCUCGAAACAUGCCAAAGACGUUGGAUAACUAGUUGCUCUUUAAAAAACUUAAGUUAAAUGAUCUAUGUGUUGCAUGUAAUCAGUAUCGACAAAAUUUAUUUAUACUAAAUGUAUCCAGUAUUAUAUUUGAUAACUUUAUUAUAGUCUGUAUCAAUAAAACUUUUUGAUAUUGAUAUAAAAUUAUCUCAGUAAAUCUAUCUAAAAGAAAUUUUCUAUUUGUAUAAAUACUGGACAUCAGUAAAUUGAAAUAGCUGCUGAACAUAAACCUCCGCUUUGGAGAGAUUUUUCCAGUAGUUGCCAUGUUUGGCAGGCGGAUUGACAACCGUAGUUAGGCUUUAGAGAUGUUUUAAGAGGGACGCUGCUGUCAAUUCCUAGCCCUCACUUUCUCACCUCUUACGACACCCACGAGAAAGGAAGGGUGGCCUAUUCUAUGCCGGGAUCACACGGCGAAAUUGCAUAGUGGACGUCUUUUAUUCACAUGUUUACAUUUUCAUUAAGUUUUAUUGAAACAGACCACACAUAUUAUUUUUCAGUUGCCAUCAAAGAGUGAAUACUUACUUUAAUAAUAUUUAACGAACUAAGCUUUUAUAAACCUUAUGAUUACCUUUGUAAUCUUGUUAAAUUAAAACAAAUAUUUAUUUUGUAUACAUUUUCAACUUGAAUACGUAUAUUAGGCAGGUGAGCAAUAAUAAUUUUAUUAGAUGCACUGUUGUUUUUACUCUGUUUAAAUAUAUCAGUAAUAUAAGUAAUUUAGGAAUGUUUCGAAUGGAAUUUUAAAUAGCUAUUUAAAUGCACUAUUAGUGCCUUGCGUAGUUGGAAUCAGAUUAAAAUGACACCAAAAGUGUUGCUCUAUGGCAGCUGAACGUGAUAGUGGAUUGUCUAUUACAAAACUAAAAUCUUUAUUAUCUGAUAUAAUAUGACACAAAGCUAACUUAAAUUAUUUUUAUUACAAUAAUUAUAAUAAAUUAAACGAGUAAGACUCUCACUAUCUUCUCGUAUGGUAUUUAAAAACACAAAUGUAUAAAUUAACUUUAAUAUUUGUAAUGGAGCAAUAGAUAAUAAUGUUGGUGGAUAUUAUAUUAAAUAUGAUUUAAUUGAAUUUGUUCUCAAAAUUUCAAGCCUAUACGUUAUAAACAUGUCAGGCAUAUGUUCGGUACAAAUCUCGUGCGACUGAGUGCUAAUUUGAAACAUUUUUAGUAUGAGAACUAUGUCUUUCCUCAGGUCAACUGACUACGUUUAACCCUUCUUUGCAUGUUUUUUUUUUAUUUUUGUUAGUGAAAUAAAUCAAGGUGAUAUAAUUCAUAUUCAAAGUUAAAAUAAAAAUGGUUAAAAAAAU